AUCACGCUAGCUUCAAACAUCAGCAGACGAGGAUUCUCGCUCUGUCGGCUUGCGCGUCGUGCCUUUCCCUCAUUGUGGCGUCAUUGUUUGGCUUAUCGACUCAUCGGUGGAGUGAUUUGCUUGUCGGACAGUCACUGCCUUUCCACCGGUAAGCACUCGCACGCGAGAUGAACGUCCGAACGACACACUCACUCACUCACUGCGCCAUGAUGUCACAGUGGUGGUCUUCAGGCGUCGUGUGGGCUGCCGUGAGGCCAGCGGGCGGCAGCAUGAGCAGCACAUCGGCAUCAGCUGCUGCAGGUGGGCUGACUGACUCACUGAGUGGGAGAGAGAGGAAGGGGCUCACUUGUGUGUGUGUGUGUUGGCCAGGUGGUGGUGGAUAUAGAAAUGAAUCUGCAGUCAAUGACAUCAAUCGCAGCGCCACACAGAGUGACGGGCUGCCGGUGAACCAUCAAGCCAUCACAGCCACACAGACCAGAGAGCGCCACAGCGUGUCGGUGUGCUCAUAGUGAUGUUGUGUCUGUGCCUGUCUGCCUGCCUUUGCAGCUGUCCUCUGGUCUGUUGGCGCAGCUGUCGGACAUCAAAGCUCAGCUAGCCGUUGCCGUGUUGGACUCAAAGGUGAGAGGACAGCACAGAGGGCGGGAGAGGGCGGAUGACUUAUGUGUGUGUGUGUGGUGUGUGCAGUGUGUCAAGAAGAUGGGCAUCAGUGACACGAUCGACUACCUCAUUCAGAAGGUCGUUAGUCAGCGCAUAGCUGACCUGCCUCCAUGUGACACUGUGUGGUCUGUGGCUGUGUGCAGGGGUCUGUUGGCGAGAGGCGCCUGCCGAUGGUGGAAGCGGCCGCGUCAGAGAUCUCCGGUGCGCUAGGCAGCCUCCAGAAUGGACUCAAACGACUCAACGGCGCGGCACUGGUACACACACACAUCUACUGUCGAUCCUUCGACUGGUGAAUGAGUGCAUGUGUCUUCUCCUGCCCGUGUGUGUGUGUGUGUGUGUCAGCUGGAGGGCCACUCCAAGAACUUCGCAUUUGUCCCUCCAGACGCCAAGAAGACCACCAGAGAGACCACUGACACACACAAGAAGGUACGGCCGCUGCACCGUGAAGCCAUCAUGACGGCCAAAAGUAUCAGCGCAUGUGUGUAUGGUUUGAUGUGUGCAGGAUAGUGUUGCAGACAGCACACCCGGUGUGCCCGAGUCGUCAAGUGCUGCGGCCCCGCCCUUCUUGCCCGGUCUGUCCCUGCCCACCGACGUCCUCCGCGACGUAUUCCUGCCCCUCAUCAGCCCACACAACACAAUCGCCCUCUGCCGCACAUCCGAGACGGUCGGCAGCGCACUCGAGGCCGCCCUGGUCGACGACAUCGACAGCAUCAUCCAACGCGACGGACUCAGAGGCGUCAUCGGCUACGCCCCGAUGCGUCAGUCGACCAGCGUCCGUCGUCUGGUGCGUCGGCUGCGGCUGAUCCGCCUCCACUAUGUGAUGGUGACGGGGGGCGACUGGCGGGGCAACGUGCCGGUGCUGCGGAUGGCCAAGAGCUGUGGACGAGUGCAGCAGCUGCCCAUCGAGCUGACGGGUGACGACCUGCACCACGUGGGCAGCAAGGCCGUCAUCGACAGCCGCCCGCCCAGCAUGCGCCAGUACAGCCUCUUCAGCCACCGACAAUGGGACAACAGGAUGGGGCUGACGCGCGAUGCCGACGGGCGGGACUACCUGUGCGAGUGUAUGGCUUGGUGGGAGGUGACGGUGUACACCGAGCAGACGGUGCCGGAUGAGUAUCGAGAUCGAUUCGACGCCGCCGAUCCCCCGUGCCGACGUGAGAGAGAGAGGGCAAAGCACCACAGGAGAGGCAACUUGACAUGGAUGGUGUCUGCCGCUGUGUGUCUGUGUGUCUGCAGACGGUGGUGGCGAGUACAUCAGCUUCAGAGGACUGAUCAUUGAAGGGUAUUCAGCGACUGAAAUGAGAGAAUAAACAGCACAGCAAUGUGUUAUCUUGUCUGUCUGUCUUUCCGCUGCCUGCUCUUUCAGGAUGGCCGGGCUGUCGUCGUGUCAUGUGUCGCAUUGGUCCUGGGAUGCGCCCUCUGCCGAGUACAAUCGCAUCUCCGACCUGGUGGCCCAGCAGUCGCCCCUGUGGGGCGGCUGCCGCACCAUCGACUACAACAUCGGCGGCCCCUCCCGCCGAUUCGUCAUACUCUGUGGCGACGAGGAGGGCGACGAGUUUGCGGCAUACAUCGAGAUGGCCAAGUGGCCUGACGGGUGGACAGACAUCAUCCUCUACACCAGCGAUGCGCGCCGGCAGGGCGUCAGUGGCCCUGCUGCUUUCCCCCAGGCAGUGGCCAUCGCCCACAGCAAGACUGGCGACGACAUCGCAUUACUCCCAAUGGUCAACGAGGCCAUCAACACAGGUACUUAAGGCACGAGAACACCAGAUGAGUCCAACACAAAAGUGAUAGUGUCUCUUGUUUCAUGACUGCAGCUGGCGGGUUGGCGUCGAGGUGACUGAGGUGGACUUGGACGGCGGCACACACGAAGACAUCGGAAGAAGCUGUCGUGCAGUGGGGCGGCAGAGGGGAGGCCGCGAGAUGGACCGACCGGGCUGCCUGUGCUGCAUCCAUGCGGUGUGUGUGGUGUGUUGGAAUCCCUGCCUUCUUCCUUCCUCGUGUGUCGAUGUGGUGCGUUUAUCUCUGUCUGUUUGGAUGGACGUACACCGCAUGAACCGACUGGGUGAGUGACCGGA